GGACAAGCCAAAAGCCGAUGGGAUACUAUAGCCCCGAUGAAUUUCAGAAGCAAACGUGAAAAUUCGGAGUUAAUAAAGAAAAACAGGUCAUUGAUGCAGUCUACAGGAAAGUUUACCAGUUUUCUCUCUAACACCUGUCAACGAUAAGAUUUAAUACAAAUUAACGGAUCAAUUAAUCGGCCUAAAACAUUUGAUGUUUGCUUUAAAAAAUAAUUAUAUAUAAAUAAUUAAUGUGGACUGUAAAUCUGUAGCUGCGUACUUGUAGAUAAAACAUUUAUCUGUUAUACAUGUACGUAGUAGAUGCUGUUUUUUCUAAACUUAUUAGGUCAAAUUUAAUAAAUUUUGGUAUCUAAUCAAUAUAUUACAAUAUAUUCAAUUGUUAUACAUGUACUUAAAUAGUACUAUAGUCAUUAUGUAUGUAUUGAGAUUUUAUUAAUCUUUAAACUUUUUGGCCCUAAAUAAUGUGUAACGAUAUGAUAAAUCAGACGUUGAUUAAUAAAUGGGUAUGUUGCAAUAAUAUUUUAGUAAAUUAUGCAUUUACCCUAUCCGUAAAAUAAAACCGAACAGACAGUGUGCAUGGUGGUGUAGCGUUGACAUUAGUCUUAGUCAUGGUAUAAGCUUAUGACAUUAUUUUUCUUCAGAAAUGGUCAACCUUUGUUUUCAGUCAAUAGUCUUUUAAAAUCCUGCGAUUUAAGAUACAUAUUACAGAAACCUUGAAUAGAGCGAAUUAUAAACGUACAAAUGUAAACAAAUUAAAAGGUAAUUGUAUAAAACUAAAAGACAUCUGAAAUAACAUUAACGUCAUCAAUUCUAAACACAAACAUUCAUUUUAUAUAUGUGAAUCCUUCUUUUUGAACGGUUAGCGAUAAUAUGAUAAGCUUUGUCCUAGUUGUGUUAUAUGACCUGUUGGAGAAACAUUUUAUAAUUGUGAUCGCUGAUGAAAUGACAAAAAAAUACUCUUUUGAAUUUUGAUUAGAUACUUGUAUUUUUAACGUUAAACAUAUUUGUUACAAGACCUUGUGGUAUUUAAUACAAUAUGGAGAUAAAAGUUCAUACCGCACAGUUAAUAAUUUUGUCGUCGUUAAUUUCCUAUAAUUGAAAACAGUUGGUUAAAUUACAGAUAUAUAUAUGACACGUACGUACGUAUGUUUGCUUAAUGACGGCCCAUCAGCCCAUUAAGGUACAAAUAGCAGCUUUCGUUGUCGGACAUGUCACUAGUCAUGCCCUUUAAGAGUAAAUUUUGAAGCACAAAGUGGGGAUAAUUUACCUCCAUGCAAUUUCAACGGUCUAUUAUCCAAAGAUAUGAAUACUUAACCAAAAGUAUGUCACUGUAUGGCAGUCAAUGAGAACCUAAAUGUUCAGUAACCUGUGGUGGGUUUUGUCAGAUGCAAAACAACCCCCUUUAAAUGAAGGAAACUUUUUUUAAAUAUCGCAUGAUGUAAUUUUCAUGGUUCCACUAUAUUAAGUCUUCUCUACAAACUUGCCUCAUUAAAUUAAAUCAGACAGUAACUAUUGUACUUUACGGAGAUAGAGAUAAAAAGGUAUUCUUCCAUCUGAAGAAAAUGUAAAAUAAAAUGUAACAAAAUUUGAAUUCAACAAAGCAAGAAUUUAAAAUAGGGCCCGAAGUGUAAACCUGAUGUAUGUGUUUUUUAUUGACAACUCGCAAAAUAAAUCAUUCCACAGUAGUUCAUGUGUCUUAUUCAAAAGCAUACAAGACUCGAAUAAUGGCUGAUUUGUUAUACAUCCGAAAGAUGACAUUGGUACAAAUCAGUCACCAAAUCUUGUACUUAAACAUACAUAUAAACAUAUCAUACAUUUUGUCUAAAACGAUUUUUAUAUCGAAAUAAUUUUCUAAAAAUAGAUAAUGGUUCAUGGUAGAUAACAGCCCAGUUAAAAAUAGAAUGAUUAAAUCGCGUGUACAUCUUCUUUCAUCUUAAAAUGAUAAUAUGUUGACGUCAUAAUAUAACAGAUAUAGUUGUUUCGGUUUAAAAUUUACAAUUUUUACAAUUUUCUUUAACCUAUGUUUAAGCUUUUAAGAUAACAAUAGUAACUGUAAUUAAGUUUAAUUUCUAAAAUGUUGGUGUUUUGUUUUCUUUUUACAUUAUUGAGAUGAGCUUUUCACAAAAGAUACCACCGGAAUGGACUUUCAACCGUUUCCUUGAUAAAGUCGUUUGUAUUGUAGAUCAAAACCACGAAACGUUUUUGCGACUAAAAUGGAAACUUGAAGGUUCUUGCAUCUUGUUAGAUAAUUGUUUGCAAGACGCCAAAUCAGCCGACGACCUCUUCGAAAAGCUAAAGGACAAACGACUUUUGACCAGAUAUAAUAUUGACUUCCUACAUCACAUUUUACAUGAACUAGGGGAUGCAGAUAUGUUGAUGCAGUUAAUGGCAAACAAGAAACUCUUCAGCACGGAGAUAAAUUUUCAGAGUCCUACAGAAAAUGCACCAGAGAGAGGCUUUGAACAUAUCACAACAUUUACCCAAAAGGAAAAUGACAGCUCUUUCGACAUGGCGAUGCUGUAUGACUUUAAAGCGAAAUUUUCGUCAUUUCUUAUGGUACCAUUAGCAAAGAGCUUUAUCAUAGGGAUAGAACCUUAUGAUAGCGGUCAUAAAAUAACGUUUAAGACGCCUGAGAUGUAUGUUCAGGUUUUUGAAAAAUGGAUGAGUGAAAAAUCUUGCGAUGAGGUAUUGAAAAAUCUUCACAUAGUAAAAAUACAGACAAAAGACCAAACGUUCUCAUUUACAGGUCAGGAAGAAAAAAUGCCCGAAGAGGAAAGUCGAUUUAAAGCUAUAACGGCUUUAUACAACGACCUUCAAGAGCGGUCUAAAGAUUUAAAUCGUGCAGAAGAAUUGAUACAAGAACAGAUUGACCAACUUGGGAAAAUCGGAUGUUUACCGGAUCGUCUGCUGAAGUUACACACGAAAUCUGGGAUGUCUGUUACUUUAUGGAAAACUCUUGUAAAAACUCGGAACGGAAAACUGCCCUCUCAUUAUUUUCCGAUGCAAAAUCAUAUUGAACUUGAAAAAGAAUCCCUACAUUCUAAAAUAGUUAGAAUUUAUCCACAUAUUAAAGAACCAUUGUGCUGUAAAAACAACUAGAUAUGAUUUGAACUGUUGUCUUUACUUUAUGCCAGUUAACAUCUAUAGGUCGUUUUUUUAUGCAUUGUCUAAAAUAUAAUGAAGAGGAUAUUUGUGUGUUUGUUUGUGUGUAAGAUGAAAUUUUAUAUCAUCGAGUGAGCUUCAAACCAGUAUUCUCACGACUGGCGUAGCUUUUAAUGUUUACGAGAUGUAAUAAUUUAUCUUUUACAACAAACAAAUAAAUAUCCUCAAUAUAAUAAUUUGUAUGCUUAAAAACAAGUUUAGAUGGAAUUUCCUUGAUUAACUUUAAUAUUAAAAUCUGUUUUCCCCACUAGUAGCCUAUUUUAGUCGAAUUUCUCAUUAAGUACAAGAAGUCUUGAGCUGAAUAAUAAGUUCGAUAAUCAACGUUGUAUGGCAACGAUAUUCAUUUAUUUCAUUAAAAAAUAUGACAGGUAGCUUGUUUUUAUUUCUAAAAACAAGCAACUCUAGUUGAAGAAAAAGCCAUAUCAUCCGACCUUAUUUAUAUUAGACCAUGCAGGAUUUGUGUAAUAUCAGCGGCCGCCACUUUAAAAAGUUGUGUAUUUCACGGGAGGAAAAUAAUUGUGUUUGAUUCAGAGGUAUAUCAUUUGGAUUUGUUAGUCAUACAUCUUUUUAUACCAAAGAAAACUUAUUUGAGGAUUGUUGCUGAGAACAAUUAAGUGCUGACAGAUAUGUAAACAUUCAAAAAGCGGUUUUGAAAAAAGAGAACAUGGAAUUGUGAAAAACUGCCUUACGAGCGCUUGAUUGUUUACUUAUUCUUCGACCUGAUGGCUGUCAUUGCUUUUUAAGUUUUUAUUUUGCAUUAGGCAAACAUUGAUUACUUGUAAGAUAUUUAAAUAUGCCCAAUUGAUAUCAAAAGCAGUUUGAAUGUGGAAAGAAUUUUAUUUUUCAGACUGUAAAAAAAUAAAUAAAUAAAUUUAGAGACGAAAUUUGGUGAUUGGUAAUUUGAAAGAUAGUUUUCUUCUUUUUAAUACUUUUGAAAUUUAACUUAUUUAUUAAUUUCAGCUUUGCUUUUCUCUAAACAGCCCUGGCAAUGUCAGAAUUGUCAGCAAAAAUAAAAUCGAGGUACCACAUGGAGGAAAUCUUUAAAAUAGUAGUCUCGUCAUUGAAAAGUGUGAAAUUGUAUUUUAAUAAUGUUCACUGUGAAAUUAUCAAAU